GCGGGGCCCGCCGGAGCGGAGUCGGCGCGGCCCUCGGAGUCCGCCGCCAUGGCUGAGUACGCUUCGGUCAAGUCCACCAAGCUGGUGCUGAAGGGCACGAAGGCCAAGAGGAAGAAGAAGAGCGCAGAGAAGAGGCGGCGGGGGGGCGAGGAGGAGGAGGCGCAGCUGGACUGCGUGGGAAACUGGUGGGCGGUGAGGAACUUUGGGGAGAUCUCUGGAACCAUCGCGAUCGAGAUGGACAGAGGGACCUACGUCCACGCCCUGGACAACGGCCUCUUCACGCUGGGAGCGCCCCACAAAGAAGAUGACGAGGGCCCCAGCCCCCCUGAGCAGCUCACAGCGGUCAAGCUGUCUGAUUCCAGAAUUGCCCUCAAGUCCGGCUACGGGAAGUAUCUCGGCAUAAAUUCAGACGGCCUGGUGGUGGGGCGAUCCGACGCGAUAGGACCCCGGGAGCAAUGGGAACCGGUCUUUCAGGACGGGAAGAUGGCUCUGCUGGCUUCAAACAGCUGCUUUAUCAGAUGCAAUGAAGGAGGUGACGUAGAGGCCAAGAGCAAGACUGCAGGGGACGAAGAAAUGAUCAAGAUUCGCUCUUGUGCGGAAAGAGAAACCAAGAAGAAAGACGACAUUCCCGAAGAAGACAAAGGAAACGUGAAGCAAUGUGAAAUCAACUAUGUAAAGAAAUUCCAGAGUUUCCAAGACCACAAACUUAAAAUAAGCAAAGAAGACAGCAGAGUGCUGAAGAAGGCCCGGAAAGAUGGGCUUUUUCACGAGACACUCCUGGACCGGAGAGUCAAGUUGAAAGCUGACAGAUACUGCAAGUGAGGACCAGGUUCUUUGUCUGCCUUUUCAUUGUUAUUCCUGAAUAAAACGCUUGGCAGAUGGGAUUCUUUGUAAAGAAAA